AUGUUCUGGCGGCGGCGGAGCGACGACGACUUCGAGAAGAAGCUGCAGCACCUGUCGUCGGAGGAGGUGAACGUGCACCGCCGACUCAAGCAGCGCAUCGUCUGGUGGCGGCGCACCGCGCGCUCCAUCAUGCUCUACUCCUCCUCGCUCGAGUUCCUGAUAGUGGGAGUGGCAGUGGUGAUGGCGCGAUCGCCGGACCUGCUGUGGCACCACCGCCUGAUGCGCACGUCGCCCGUGCUGCUCUUCCCGCUGCUCGCCACGGCGCUCUACACGCUCUGCUCCCGCCUCGUGCAGCUGUACGACAAUCGGGACCGUGACACGCUGGAGAGGCUGAAGGCGGAGAGGCAGGCGCAUUUGGACGAGCUCAAGGAGCGCACCAACUACUACAAGACGCUGCAGAUCAUUCAGGUCAAGCCAAGCCACCGUGCCUCUUUACGACUGGAUGUGUUUUCUGCUCAUCUGUUGUGCUGCCCUGAGAAGCUUGUCUACUUCUGCUCGUUUGGAUUGAGUGCGAGACUGGCGUCUUGCCCUACCCCUCCUGGUUCUCUCUCCUCGUCAACCCCAUCCCUGCUUCCUCGUUCAUUGGCUUGUGCAUAUCCUUCCCUGGUUUCUCUUGCUGAUUAUUCUCAGCAAUACGAGAAGGAUCCUGGCUGGUCGGCCGCAGGCCCGUUGACAGCAGCAGCAGCAGGUACUGCUGGCGCGAAGGCUGGUAAUGCUGCCGGUUCAAAGGGCCUCCCUGGAGCUGGUACUGGUGCGGGUGCUGCUGGCUCUGCUGGUGUGCUUGGCAAGGGUCGUAGGACGAGCUCUCUCCCCUCCUUCCAAACUCCUCACACGCCCCACACUCCCCACACGCCCUCCUCCUCCCUGCUACCAUCUAUUGUGGGCGUCAUUGGCGGUGGUGCGUCUGGUGCGUCUGCUGACACCAACGGUAUCGCCUCCCCUGAUGCUGCUGCAUACGGCGCUACGGGUGCGGCAGGGGCGGCAGGAGGAGUGGGAGGGGGGGGUGGAUUCAUGGGCGGAAAGGGAGGGUACCAUCAGGAGGAGGCAGCAGCAGGGGGAGUGAGUUUGAGCAGCCCUGCUGGUCUGCGCCGGCGCAGGGGGAGUGGGAAUCAUGGGAGCGCGGGAGUGAGUCCUGGGGCGGCUGGGGGACAGGUCGCGGGCGGGGGAGGAGGCGGAGGAGGGGGAGGGGGAGCGGGAGGAGCAGGUGGGGCGGAUGCAGGUAACUCGUUUGGGGGAGGGGCGCUGGGGUGGAUUGCGGGGUUGAUUUUGGGGGAUGCGGUGGCAGGGGAAGGAGGGGCGGCAGCAGGGGGAAGUGGAGCAGGCGCAGGAGCAGGAGCGGGAGCGGGAGAAGCAGUGAAAUCGCCCUCGCUCUUGCUCCCAGGGCCUCUGGCCUCUACACCAUCGCACAGCCGCAGCAGCAGCGGUGGUGGUGGUGGCAGCGCGGUAGCAGCAGUAGCUGGGCGCCCGUCUAGUGGGGCGUUUGGCCAUGCAGCAGGGGCGGAGGGGGGGAGGGAAAUAGCAGGGUUGGGGGUAUCAGCGCACGGGUAUGGGGAUCGAGGGAUUUCGAAUUCCGGGUUGGGAAUGGGCGCCCCUGGUGCUGGUGGUGGUGGUGGUGGUUAUGGUGGAGGUGGUUGGGGGGGCGGGGGGAGUGGAGCAGGGGCGAGGAGGACAGGGAGGGCGUCGGAAGAGGGGUGGAUGGCGAGGAUAGCAGCGAUGCUGGUGGGGGAGGACGCCACACAGUGCUAUGCACUCAUCUGCCACAAGUGCUUCAGCCACAAUGGCUUGGCGCGCAAGGAGGACUUUCCCUACAUCACCUACAUCUGCCCCCACUGCCGCCACCUAAACCAAGCACCCGCUGCCACCCAGCAGCAGCCGCAGCAGCACCACCAACUUUCCCAACCCCACCCGCAGCAGCAGCAGUAUCAUGACCAAAGUGGCAGUGGCAGCGGUGGAAUAGGGGGGUUGGCAAGCGUUGGUGAUGGUGGUGUGGGAGGUGCAGGUGGUGGUGGUGGGGAUAGGGGUGCAGAUGAGGGUGCGGGUUCGUCAGGGCCAUCCAGGGCGUCUAGUAGUGUGUCUUCUCCCACUGGUGCUGUGACUGUUGGUGGUGAUGGCAGGAGGGGGCUGAGGCGAGGGCGGAGUGUGGGGCGCCGGGCACCUAAGCUUGCGGCUGGGCGGUUGAUCGGAGGUGAGGGAGAGCAACGGGAGGAAGAGGGGGAACACGCUAUGGGGUCGCAUGAUGGGUGGAGCACAGAUGACGGGGAACUGGAUGAAGUGGGUGCAAGCAUUGGAGGGGGAGGGGGUGGGGACGGAGGGGUUGGCGGAGAGGGGAAAGUAGAGGGGGGAGCUGCGCGGGGAGCAGAGGAAGGGGGGGGAGCGGGCAGCGAGGGAGAUUUUCAGAGACCAGGGCAGGAUGGCGGUGCCAGGGAGUUGGAAGUGGUGGACGGUGGUUCUGCCGCUGGGUUGCCUUCGGCUGGUGGUGAUUCACACGAGGGGCCUGAAGGGUCUGAGGGACCUGAGGGGUCUGAGACUUGUGGUGUUUCUGCCUCUCCUGUGCGUGAGGGGACGGAUGGAGGAAGUGGUGAUGGGAGUGGCUUGGAUGAGGGUGAUUGGAGCAUCGUGAGCGGUGGUGGGGAAGUUGAGAAAGCUAAGGUGGAGGCGUGA